AUGGUAAUGGGAGCUCCUUCGGAAGAUACGCGACAUCUUGCUCAACGUUAUGACAGAAUGCGACGAGAAGCGGAAGCACAGGCAAUCGAAGUUUCGAAACGCCAAGCAAGAGUGAGGGAAACGCUUGGAAAUCCCGAGAACGUCAUGAAAUUGAAAUCUGCAGAAACAAAACUGCAAGAUCUAAAGUCAAACAUGGCAAUAUUGGGGAAAGAAGCUACUGUGGCAAUGACCACUGUUGAAGCUCAACAACAGAGGUUAACACUUCAGAGACUUAUUGCUAUGGUUGAAGCCUCUGUAAGCGAAGGUAUUAAUCCGAAACCAGUUUUGCAAAACCAAGGAGCCAACCAUGACGCCGAGCAGGAGAGCCACUGUGGAAAACUCCAUGUUAGAGCUGUUGCAACCCUCGAGCCAAAGUGCUUGAUUCCAAAACAAGAUGGACUCAACAAUAAGUUACAGCUCUUUGGAGAUUCAAGCCCUUCAUCGACUCAGCCCGAACCUUUAGAGAUCGGAGACUAG